CCACAAUUAACCAAAAUUAACACACUUUAUCAAGACAUCAAGUUAGUAAACAAGUCAAGUUUCAAAAUUUUGGGUUUUUAUAAAUAUCCAGAUUGUAAAAUGACAAUACGAGAUAAAGAGUAAUAUUUCGAGCAAUUUCCUCUCAGGAUGGGAGAUCGUCGGAAACCAUGUCCCGGCCCCGGGCCACGGCAAAGGAGGCGAUGGGGCAGCGCAGAUCCGAGUGGGAAGACAGAACCUUCUUGGAUAGACAUGCUAUCGACUUUCGAGAUCGAAGAAGGAGAAGUUGAAGACGAAGCACCUGACAAGAGUUUACUGGCAAUGCCACCGAUUUCCCGGUGGACCAAGCUUAAAUCUUCUAAGGUAAUAAAGGUCGAAAAAGGAGUACGUGUUGGAGAUGUUGCUGCUGUGGACGACGAUGACGAUGUAUUUGAUGGAUGGGUUGCUAUUGAGGAGCGUACGGCGCCAAGGCCACAGCGGCGUGUGACAUGUCGACCCCCUCAGGUGGACGGCGAUGACGAUGUAUUUGGUGGAGGUGCUGCUAUUGAGGAGCGUACGGCGCCAAGGCCACAGCGGCGGGUCACACGUCGACCCCCUCAGGAGGAGCGUACGGCGCCAAGGCCACAGCGUCGGGUCAGACGUCGACCCCCUCAGGUGGAAAACGUCGGCGAUGUAUUUGGUGGAGGUGCUGCUAUUAGCAUAGAAGAAGCAAUGAAUCAGAUAGGGAGAGGAAUGAAGACAAGUGUUGCGGAUGACUCAAGUCCUGAAGGAAUAUUUGAAGACAUGAUUCUCGAGGAUGAUGUGUUCGAACCACCGGCACCGGUGGCAGUUCCUUGCCAGCCGCCAGCACCUCCGCGGGCUCGUUGGAACCGGUUGCAGCCCGCUCAGGAGCCAAGGUGUGUGGAGCCGCCAACUUGGACGGCGGAUGAGUGGCAUAGGCCUUUAACGACAAUUGAGGAAGACGUAGAAUGUGCACCUGACGUUUGGGAAGAACCGCCUGCAAUGGAGCCGAUGUUAGGACCAACACCGCCUCCAUGGCAACCUCCGCCCCCGCCGCCCCCACCACCCCCGCCGCCACCGUCAUCAAUAUCUAUGAGAUCAGAAAUGGAGUCGACUUUGGAACCACAGACGAUCGAGUGCCGGCCGUCCUCGCCUCCACUAUGGAUGAGACCAGAAAUGGAGCCGACUUUGGAACCACCGACGAUCGACUGGCGGCCGCCCCCACCUCCACCAUGGAUGGUGGAACGCAUGAAUCGAGACUUGAGCUUCUUGCCUAGCGUGCCUGACUGGACUCCGAUAAUUGGAAAGGAAGAUCAAAGCAAGAUUUGGGCUCAACGACAGGCGGAAACUCGAAUGGACCCGACUUUGGAACCACCGACGAUCGACUGGCGGCCGCCCCCACCUCCACCAUGGAUGGUGGAACGCAUGAAUCAAGACUUAAGCUUCUUGCCUAGCAUGCCUGACUGGGCUCAGAUGAUUGAAAAGGAAGAUCAAAGCAAGAUUUGGGCUCAACGGCAGGCGGAAACUCGAAAGAGAUAUGCUGACGCGGGUCGAUUUAAUAGAAAGAGGCGUCAACAGAGGAAAGUAGCUGCACCGGAGGAUGUGUCAGGAAUAACUAUAACUGAUGAGUCUGUGCAAUCAUCGUUGCCCGUGUCUCCAGAACCCCUGCCACCUGGAUGUCUACCACGGCGGGUUUGGAAUCAGUCAUCAGAACCGACUUCUCCUGCUAUGUCCCCGACGGCGCCAGACACAUACGCACUCCCUGGAUGGGCUCAUUAUGAAAGGGAUCCUUCUACUUGGAGUCCGGGUAUCGAAGAAACAGAAGAAGAGAUGUCCCCAACGGUCGUUGGAUGUAGACCAAGACAGAUUUGGUCCAAGCAGCCGCGGCAAGAUGACGUCUCUAGUAAGCCCACCGGCAUGAGGGCUCUGCCCAAUUGGGCGCAAGAAUGUAUUAGACAGGAAAUUGAAGACAUACAGAGAGCGCCAAGGAGACCAGAGCCUCAAUCGUUGUCGCCGAGAGACGAAGAUCUACCGACCUGGGCAGCGCACCCUGGGUGUUUACCACGUAGAGCUUGGGACAGACCGCAAGGAGAACCGUUCAAGGAAUCUCCAACGACAGCUGGUGUGGCAGCCUUGCCUGAUUGGGCUCGGCAAGAAGAACAGAUCGAAGUCGGAUGCAAACCACGAAAGACAUGGUCUAGGAAGCCACCGCGCGAUGAUGACUCUGAUCAGCCCACCGCCAUGACGUCUGCGCCAAAAUGGGCGCAUUCAGAUUUUACUGUGGAAGUUGAUGACACAGAGCAAGACGCAGGAGAGAUGAGUCCAGAGCCUGAGGCGACAGGACUGAAUCUACCGAGCUGGGUUGCGGAAGACGAAGCAAGAGCGAGAGAACUAUGUGCUCGUAUUCCAGGACCUGAGAUAUUUGAAAGUGAAGCAAGACCUAGAUCACCGAGUCCAGAGCCUGAGACAUUUACGUCGGGACUCCUGAACUUACCGAGCUGGGCAGCGGAAAAUGAGCAGAGACCGAGAUCACCAAGGAGACCAGAGCCUGCGUCGUUUACGUCAAGAAUCCCGAAACUACCAGGCUGGGCAGCGGAAUGUGAGCCAACACCGAGAUCACCAAGGAGACCAGAGCCUGCGUCGUUUACGACAGGAAUCCCGAACCUACCGGGCUGGGCAGCGGAAAGUGAGCCAAGACCGAGACCAACAAGGAGACCAAGGCCUGAGGCGUUUGGGACAGGAAUCCCGAACCUACCGGGCUGGGCAGCGGAAUGUGAGCCAACACCGAGAUCACCAAGGAAACCAGAGCCUGCGUCGGUUACGACAGGAAUCCCGAGGCUACCGGGCUGGGCAGGGGAAUGUGAGCCAACACCGAGAUCACCAAGGAGACCAGAGCCUGCGUCGUUUACGUCAGGAAUCCCGAACCUACCGGGCUGGGCAUCGGAAAGUGAGCCAAUACCGAGAGCAAGGAGACCAAGGCCUGAGUCGUUUACGACAGGAAUCCCGAACCUAUCAGGCUGGGCAGCGGAAUGUGAGCCAACACCGAGAUCACCAAGAAGACCAGAGCCUGCGUCGUUUACGUCAGGAAUCCCGAACCUACCAGGCUGGGCAGCGGAAAGUGAGUCAAGACCGAGACAAACAAGGAGACUAAGGCCUGAGACGUUUACGACGGGAAUCCUGAACUUACCGAGCUGGGCAGCGGAAAGUGAACCAAGAUCGAGACCAACAAGGAUACCACAGCGUGAGACAUUUACAACAGGAGGCCUGAACCUACCAAGCUGGGCAGCGGAAGCCGAGUGUCAACCUAUAAUUGAAUUCCCUCCAGAGUCUCCAACACGUACGAAUUUGGAAGGGGAGGGAGAGAAGUCUCCAACGUCCAUUUGUAUCUCGGAAGUACAAAGUCAUCAGCGAUCCCCUCAGCUAUCACCAGGACAUAUGGACGGGUGUCGACGCAUUACCAGCCCAUGCCCAGAUGGCCAACCGGGGCCUUCUGGUCGGCGAGUGUCCUUAUCGGGGCGCCUCCAACGUGAUACAAGCCCUCCCCUGGGCUCGCCAGGGCUGUGACAUUAGCGCAGAUUUCAGCGCGUUCUUUGCAUUAAGUUAUAUAAAAUUAAAACUCCCAAUUGUUGAAUUUCA